AUGUCUUCUGAAUUUCUUCGAAUGUUAAACACUUCGGAUUAUUCAUCCGUAAUAUCAAUGAACAUAUUUGUCGCAUUGCUAUGUGCUUGCAUAGUCCUUGGUCAUCUUCUCGAGGAUAAUCGCUGGAUUAACGAAUCUAUCACAGCUCUUUUGAUAGGUCUUUGCACUGGCGAGGUUAUUUUGUUGAUAAGUCGCGGAAAAAGCUCGCAUCUUCUUGUUUUCAGUGAAGAUCUUUUUUUCAUAUACCUUCUUCCUCCAAUCAUAUUCAAUGCCGGGUUUCAGGUGAAAAAGAAACGGUUUUUUGUUAAUUUCAUGACAAUCAUGAUGUUUGGUGCGAUUGGUACAUUGAUAAGUUGUAUCAUCAUAAGUUUUGGUGCGUUACAAAUUUUUAAGAGACUGGGUUUCCAUGAACUCGAUCUAGGAGAUGCUAUAGCAAUUGGUGCAAUAUUUGGCGCGACAGAUUCAGUGUGCACAUUGCAGGUGUUAAACCAGGAUGAGACACCUUUACUAUACAGCCUUGUAUUUGGCGAGGGCGUUGUGAAUGAUGCUACUUCAGUCGUGCUUUUCAACGCAAUCAAAAGUUUUGAUCUUGCACGAUUCGACCAUGGAAUUGCCUUGCAAUUUUUCGGCAACUUCUUUUAUUUGUUUAUAGCAAGCACCAUGCUUGGAGUUUUGGGUGGUCUACUUAGUGCUUACAUUAUCAAAAAGCUCUAUUUUGGAAGGCACUCAACUGAUCGCGAAGUUGCUCUCAUGAUGCUAAUGGCAUACCUUACCUAUAUUCUAGCUGAAUUAUGGUAUCUGAGUGGCAUUCUCACUGUAUUCUUUUGUGGAAUUGUAAUGUCUCAUUAUACAUGGCAUAAUGUGACUGAGUGCUCAAGAAUCACUACCAAACAUUCAUUUGCAACCAUGUCAUUUGUUGCCGAGACGUUUCUCUUUCUCUAUGUUGGUAUGGAUGCCUUGGACAUGGAAAAAUGGAGAUUCGUUAGUGAUAGACCUGGAACAUCUGUUGUUGUAAGUUCAGUAUUAUUAGCUCUAGUUCUCAUUGGAAGAGCAGCAUUUGUUUUUCCCUUAUCAUUCUUAUCCAACUUAACAAAAAAGUCAGAAAACGAGAAAAUAAGCUUUAGGCAACAGGUGAUUAUUUGGUGGGCUGGUCUUAUGAGAGGUGCUGUUUCAAUGGCACUUGCCUACAAUCAGUUUACUAUGUCGGGGCAUACUCAACUUCAAUUCAACGCUAUCAUGAUCACAAGUACCAUCACUGUCGUGCUUGUCAGUACAAUGGUGUUUGGCAUGAUGACUAAGCCAUUAAUAAGGUUUUUGCUUCCACUCGGUCCCGUUCCAAAACGGAAAAACAGCAAGGAGAAUCUUGAUGGCAUUUCACCGAAAUCAGUCACAGUGCCAUUCCUUGGAGAUAAUCAAGGUUCUGAUGUUGAUGUUGAUAUUGAUGGCAAUGAUUUCCACCGUCUAAGCAGCAUUCGUGAUUUACUCACCACUCCAACAUACACCGCUCAUCGGUUAUGGCGUAAGUUUGAUGAUGCAAUAAUGCGCCCGGUUUUUGGUGGUAGGGGUUUUGUUCCUGUUAGCCAACCACAGUGA